AUGCCUCCCGCCUACAAACGCCUCAACUCCGAAGACUGCGUCUUCCUCUUCGUCGACCACCAGGCAAGCCCCGAGGCCCAAUCCUAUCCAGGCGCCGGCCUCAUCCAGCUCGUCCGCGACUUCGAACCGCACGAGUUCCGCACAAACACCCUGGGCCUAGUCAAGGUCGCGCAGUACUACGGCGCGCCCUCGAUCCUGACCACAUCCUUCGACACAGGCCCCAACGGCCCAAUCGCAAAGGAGAUCCAAGAGGCGCUGCCCAAUGCGCCUCUAAUCCGGCGCCCGGGCCAAAUCAACGCGAUGGACAACGAGGAUUUCGCCAAUGCCGUCAAGGCGACCGGGAAGAAGCAGGUUGUUAUCAGUGGAGUGUUGACCGAAAUCUGCGUCGCAUUCCCCGCGCUCUCGCUCAUCGAGCAGGGCUACGACGUCUUCGUCGCGACCGAUGCGAGCGGCACCUUCGCCGAGCAUACCAGGGAGGCAGCGCAUAAGCGCAUGGCGGCGGCGGGGUGCCAGCUGCUGAAUUGGGCGGCGAUAGCGGGCGAGCUGCACCGCGACUGGCGUAGAGAUAUCGAGGGCUUUGGCAAGAUCUGGACGGACCAUAUUCCUGGGUAUUGGUGCUUGAUGCAGAGUUACCAGACGGCGGGGGAGAAUGCGAAGCAGUGAGUGUCCUGACAAAACAACCAGGAAAGGGUAUCUAUUUCUGGAACGGGAGCUAUCAAGCGAACCGUGGUUUUAACCGUGUGUUCAUGUUCAUAUUCAAGGCAAGAAUGGUGAUCGCCGAAUUUUUGCAGUCGUAAAGUGGAGGCCUCGGUGGGUGUGCGAGUCGGGCGCGACCACAUUAGUAUUAUCUCGCUGCACUGACAGCAAUGUCGCGCGGGUAUCCUAAUUUAGUAAAAUUCAGAAUCGCUUUAGCUUCUCCAAAUCAGGGGCCGAUCGGAUAUGUGUAUCACAGAGCCAUGAAACGAGGCCCCGUGGUACCGGUACCUGCAUGCGCGGGGAAUGAAUCGACACCACGCCGCACCAACAGAACUCGAUGCAAUGAAGAAUGUCAGUGGCCGAUGGGUC